UAGGUAUUAUUAGUGUCAUGGUGAUUCAUUCGUAUUUUGAACAACACUAUGCACAGUGUACAAGUCUGUACACGAACGAUGACUUGCCUCGCCCGGCACGAUUGCACCCGAAACACAUAAUACACAACGCGGCAUUCUGAGUUGAACACGAAUCAAAUGCGAUAGUAUUUAAUAAUAUUAUUAUCGCGAUUUUCGUACAGUUAAGUGCAGUGUUUGUGUAGUGUGGUAUCUUAUUCUAGUCUUUUACGUGUGAUACGCCAAAUUAAAUUAUUUGAUAUAUUGUUAUGUUAUCAUGAUCUAUAAUGGGUUACAAAUGUAGAGUUCAAGAUUUGGGAAAAGUAAAGGUUUCCAGUAAAUUUAUUGCGAAUAUAAAGACUGAUCAUAAUGUUUAUCUCUUACCAAAAAAAGUAAUUAUUGCCUAUAUUAACUUAUUAAUGGAAGAAGCUAAAAGGUUACGACUAAAACGUGAAGUGCAAAAUCGAGGUUGGUGAAAUAAUGAAGAGCAGUGCAUUUAUCGCUUUUUAGCGAUGUGUGAAUUUAAUAAUUUGAAUUUAUGGUGAUAUAAUAAAAUUCAUGGUGUUUCCUCUAUUAUUAGUGCCGUUUGUAAAGCUUAGUUCGAAUCAUAGGGUCCACAAACGAGCAGACGGAUUUUAUCAUGGUCGUAAAACGUGCUGCGGACAGUGCGGACUCACCAAUACUGGAGGAGGCAGGCGAAAGCGGAUCCGAACAAAAACCAAAACCACUCGUCAAAUAUGGCGAACUCGUGAUACUGGGUUACAAUGGUUACUUACCGGCGGGCGAGCGCGGGCGGCGCCGCAGCAAGUUCGUCCUAUACAGAAGGACUCAGGCGAACGGCGUGCGUCGCUCGAAACACUAUGUGGUUAAGACUCCGCACAGCAGCGAAGCGAUCCUCGACGCCAGCCAGCACUCGAUCUCAUACACACUCAAUCGUAACCAGGCGGUCAUCGUCGAGUACAUGGAGGAUCCCGACACUGAUAUGUUUCAGAUCGGUAGAUCGUCGGAAUCGCCAAUAGACUUCGUGGUGAUGGACACAGUGGCCGGCGACAAGAGUGGCGACACAAAAGUGCUGCAGAGCACGAUAUCGCGGUUCGCGUGCCGUAUAAUAGCAGAUCGGAACAAUGUCAACAACUGUCGAAUAUACGCCGCCGGCUUCGACUCCUCCAGGAACAUCUUUCUGGGUGAGAAAGCGACAAAAUGGACGGAGAACCACGAGAUAGACGGACUGACGACCAACGGCGUCCUGAUCAUGCACCCGCGCGGUGACUUCUGCGGCGGCAGCGCCACCUGCGGGCCCUGGCGCGAGACCUCCGUCGGGGGGGCCGUGUUCUCGCUCAGGGAGAGCCGCUCCGCACAGCAAAAGGGGCUACCUUGUCUAGCAGAGACAAAUGUACUGAGAGAUGGCACAAUGAUAGACUUGUGCGGCGCAACACUACUGUGGAGAAGUGCUGAGGGACUUAAAAAUUCACCGACCAAACGCGACCUGGAAGCUCUGGUGGACGAGCUGAACGCGGGCCGGCCGCAGUGUCCCGUGGGACUCAACACGCUCGUGAUCCCGCGCAAGCUCGCCGGCGGCGGCGGCGGCGCGCCCGACCUCAACCAGCCCUACGUCUACUUGCAUUGCGGACACGUGCAGGGCGAGCACUCGUGGGGCAAGGACGGCGGCGAGGGGUCGCGGCGCUGCCCCAUGUGCCUGACCAUGGGCCCGGUGGUGCGCGUGUGCAUGGGGCUGGAGCCCGCCUUCUACGUGGACGCGGCGCCGCCCACGUACGCAUUCAACCCGUGCGGCCACAUGGCGUCCGAACGCACCGUCAAGUACUGGGCCAGCGUCGACAUCCCGCACGGCACCAACGGCUUCCGCGCCAUCUGCCCCUUCUGCGCCGAGCCGCUGCAGGGCUCGCCCGGCUACGUGCGGCUCAUCUUCCAGGACAACCUCGACUGAAUCUCUGACGUCACGAGUUCAUGCCGCAUGAACUAUCAUAGGUUGGUACAAUACAUCGAUCGAAUAAAAACAAACAGUGUAUUGCAUCUCUCAAUGGACGUCGAGAUUAUGCCGGCCGGAUAAAGCAUGGGAUACUUUGAAACACGACUCAUUGGAACAAGCCACUAUUGGAUACGAAUUGAAAAUAAAUUCCCACGACUGGUCUUAGUAUAAAUUAUAAUUUUUAUUUCCAUGUUGAUAUCCGUGCCUGAACAUCAAGUGCAUUAUAAACGGCGCCCGUCCAGCGCGACGCGGUUUCCCAUUGAUAGUAUGUAAGUGAAGGUUAUAUCGACACCAACUUAUAUCACCGGCUUAUACUAAUGGCCAUGACGAUCCUCAAGGCGUUGAGGACGCUCUCAUGACCGCUCAGUUAGCACAUUAAUGGAAACUCACUGCAAUGGAACAUCACCUCUGCAUGUAAUCAAUGUAAUAAUUUGAGGGAGCGGCUGGGCUGGAUAAACAGUUUGCAAUCAUAAGUCGAUAUGAGCUAGAUUUGCCGGCUAACAACCGUUUUCAAUAAACAAUGAUAACUCAAUCUUUAAUUCGAUUCCGAGAAUGAACCAAUCAAGAUGACACAAUUAUAAGUAUGUCAAAAUUGCUUUGUUCUGAUUGGUCCGUUUUUGAGAUAUUUAAAAAAAGAAACAAUUAGAAUCGUUUAUUGAAAAGGGCGGUCAUAAGUACUAAUAUGAUAUAUACUUGCUGACCAAAGUAUACUACGAGUAAUUCGAGAAAAUUAUUUGCAGUAUAUCGGUUGCAAUGAAAGUGUAAAUUGUCCCAUCGAAUAAACAAGAUAUGGGCAAACAUUUAUUGUAACUCAGCGGCUAAAUGAGUAGUCAAUGAGUGUAAAAUAUAUUCUACAGCACGCUACUCUUGAAUAUAAUAGUAAAUGGCACAUACGCGCUAGCUCAAGCUCGUUGUAAACUGUCUACCUAGCGUGGCUGCAGCCUUAUUCCCCAUACGAUUUGUUUGUGCAGUCUGUCACUUAUCUAUUUCAAUAAAAUUAUAAAAAAAAAAAUAUCGUAAAAUUAUAAUUUAUGAAAUACAAUAUAUUUAUGAAGCUAAUAUUUAUAUUUGUGUUAUGUGCGUAAUAUUAAAAUGUUUACAGUGUCUGUUAUCCGUGUAGGUCGCAUUGUAUGUAAGGUAGUGCACACGAUCGAGAGAAUGACAUACGCUUUGUAAAUUGCCGUGUUUUUAUUGAUUAUUGUGAUUGUGUACGAAUGCUUCGGUUUACGGCGUGUGAUUCUAUACACUAUGCACAUUUGACAGUUAAUUGUAUAAUUAAAUUCUAUAUGUUCGAUGGCAAAAGCAAAUUAAAUAAUUCUCUGCUGUUUGUGGAAAGAUAUUGAUAGAUUAUAUAGUUUUGUUGCUUCAUGUUAGAUCUUGAGUAAUGAUAUCACUUGCACAUCAAUUUGACAAAUUAUUACGUGACGAGUUAAUGAAAUGUAAAUAUUUAAUUUUAUUUCCCAUCUUGAUAAGCUACUAAUAAGCUAUUAUUUAUGUUGUAUUCUAAGAGGCGUGCGGGAUGCUUCCCUUCCACCUGUUUAUGUAACGCGCUACACACAAUAGGUUGGCAGGCAACUGAAUUCAUCGAAUACACGUUAUAAGUUAAAAACAUUUAAAAGGAAUGUUGAGAAGAAAUUGGGCAGACCGGCAUGGUCACAGCGAUGAACGAUAAAAAAUAUAUUCGACCAACGAGGUUUGACAGAACGCCGCCAUUUUCCGACAUAACUUAUCUGUCAUCGACAAUCACUAUGAUCCUUGUGAAACUAAAGCCAUGUAUUCAUUAUGCAACAAUAGACACGUUGUCUUUACACGGGUAGAAAUGACGCGCGUCAUGUCACGCAACAUUUCGGUGAUAUGUUUGCGCUGUUUAAAUGCGCGGAAGGCGCAUCUACAAAUUGAUUUUAUAUUGACAAAAUGUCAUUCGCCUCGAUACCGAGGUUGUUAAUAUUUUGUCUAGUGAACACAUGGCUUUAGUUUAUAUGUCAUUAAAGUGACAUUCCACUCUAGAAAAUAAUGGAUUUAUAUUUUAAAUUAGUAUCCAUGCUGUUGAGUAGCUUAAGCAUUAAGUUAACGGGUGACCACGCUAUUUAUUUAUUAAUGGAUUAGACAACAUUUGUUAUCCUUGUCGAUGCGGAGACACUUUGCCAAGUUUAUCGAUAUAAAAAUAGUUUUUGGACUUUAUCGUGGUUAUUUAUAUUAUAAUUUUCUCCUUACGUCUCGAAGCUGCAGUCAUGGUCCCGGGGCGGACUGAGGUGUUGAUUGUCCGAAAAGUCGGUUACAAAAUCUACCCACUUUUCCUAAUUCAAAUACAAAGAACCGCGAUAAAAUCCGAGAACUAAUUUUAUUUCGAUGUCUUUAUAUUCGCGUAAACAUAAAUAAUUGCGAAGUAUAAUUGUAAUUGAAAGGUAUUUUAAUUAGCAAUCGUAUAAUUAGAAUCAGUUAUGCCUUGUAAUUUGUUUGUAUGGUAUAUAGCUGAGAUAUGAGACAUUAAUGUGAAGAGGCCCUCGUAUAUAAUUUUCUUGCGAGUAUUCACUGAACUGAAAAAUAAAUUGUCAUAUGGGCAUUCAGUUCGACAUGAAUACUAUUAAACGUUUGCACGAAAAUGUGCGUGGGCGUAUCUUAAAAUGUACCUAUUGUUUAUGAUUGGUUCAAACAAAAUACUUAUAACAAAGGAAUGGUAACGGACGAAUAUAAAUGCAAGUACAACCGGACGUUGUGGCGCAUACAAUGUGUGAAACUAAUAUGUUACUACUAAUAUUGUACCAACCACGUGCAAAAGCGUCAGUUGUAUCUGUGCUGUUAGUACUGAAGAGGAUUGUGAUUGCAGGAAGUCGACGGCUAGGAACGGCGCGGGCGAGGGCUGGGUUUGUAGGGUAGCAAUCGAUCGUGAGAGGUUAUAUGUAAGUGACUUAAGAUAUGUAAGUUUAGAGCUAGGAUAGUGGCGCGACGCGUCGUUGGGAAGAGCAGGUCCGCACUGUUGCGGCGCGUGCGCUCGCGUGCGCCCGGACGUACGCAACACCUGACGAACACGGGACGCGUGCCCGAUUAAAAGCAUUUUGAGAAUGUAAAAAAUAAAUUUAAGUUUUAUAGAAGUAGUGGAUUAGCUGAUGAAGUGUAACGAUUAGUUUUUGUACAAUUCGGGAUUCACUAGUUAGCUGUUAACACAAGUAAUUGCCUUCUGGAUACGAUGCAUAACGUUCACGCAUUCGACGAAUACGUUUGCACACGAUACCCUGUUUUAGAUAUAAAUAAGAUUUUUGAUAAAUUAAAUGCUUACUUAAACAAUCUGUGGAGUUAGUCGGUUGGAUCAUUGUAGUUGUAUGUGUUAAGUUGUGACGCGCGCGUAGGUUUGUGGAGCGAGACAUCGGACCAUUAUAGUUUGUGUUCUGUAGCGUAUGUGAACUAUGCGUUAUAUAUUGCAUUAAGCACGUGUUUUUGGAAUAUUUAUGAUUAUUUUUGUUAGGACGGUGAUAUAUUAAUGACGCUUCUAAAUCGCCUAUAAUGUGCGUGGCGUUUUACUCGCGGUUGGAUUUAGUAAUUAUGUUCGGUCAUUGUUAUUGUGUUAGGAAAA